AUGAGAGCUAUCAUCUAUCUAUCUAUCAAAUCUAUCUAUCUAUCUAAUUUAAUAAAUGUUAAUUAUUUCUAUCUAUCUAUACCGGUCUUGGAUAAUCAUAUUUUCAUAUCUAUCUUAAUCUUUACAAGUCUAUCGCUGUAUAUUCAUAUCUAUCUAUCUCAAUCUAUCUAUCUCAAUCUAUCUAUCUAUCUAUCUCAACUCAUUGUCUGUCUAUCUGUCUAUCUAUCUAUCCAUCUAUAUAUAGUCUGCCCAUCUAUCUAUAAAUUGCGUCAUAUAAAUUGUCUUCUUUUUGGCAUUUUACUGAUGACAUAUUCAUAUCUAUCUAUCUAUCUAUCUAUCUAUCUAUCUAUCUAUCUAUCUAUCUAUCUAUGUCAGCGCAUUAUCUAUCUAUCUAUCUAUCUAUCUAUCUAUCUAUCUAUCUAUCUAUCUCAGCACAUUAUCUUUAUCUAUCUAUCUAUCUAUCUAUCUAUCUAUCUAUGUCAGCCCAUUAUCUAUCUAUCUAUCUAUCUAUCUAUCUAUCUAUCUCAGCCCAUUGUCUGUCUGUCUGUCUAUCUAUCUAUCUAUCUAUCUAUCUAUCUAUGUCAUUAUAUUAUCUAUCUAUCAUCUAUCUAUCUAUCUAUCUAUCUAUCUAUCUAUCUAUGUCAGCCCAUUAUCUAUCUAUCUAUCUAUCUAUCUAUCUAUCUAUCUAUCUAUCUAUCUAUCUAUCUAUCUCAGCCCAUUUUCUGUCUGUCUGUCUAUCUAUCUAUCUAUCUAUCUAUCUAUCUAUCUAUCAAAUAA